AUGCAUUCUGAGUCAGUAAGAUAAAAAGCAAUCAGAUACAUUAAUGAACUGUAGACAGAAGAAGAUGAUAAAUUUCUUCCAUAUAAAUAAGAGAGGGAUCAUGUUGGAUUAUUAUUGAAUACAAAAAGAAAAUCGAAAUCAACAAAUUAAUUGAAUCUUGGAGCUCGAAUCAAACAUGUUUAUAGUUUAGCAUCGAUCACAAAAUAAUAACCAUCUUAAUCAAUGAAAUAAAACGCUCUUUAGAAACAUAAAAAAGAGAACAGUGCUCAUAAUUUAGACUUAUCACUUUUAGUCAACUUAUAACCUCCUUCUCCAGAAGAACAGGUUAAAGCUAAGUAAUACAAGGACAUGAUGGAAAAGAAAGCUCUUUUAGAAAUGUAUGAACGGAAAAAAGAUACUAAAGUUAUGAGUCCUGUGUUAGAAGAGAUGAUUGAAAAACUCAAUUCAAGCAUUACACAAGAUAAAUUUGUUUGGAAGAUGAGUAAUGUAGACAAGGGUAAGAAUCUUGGUUAUUUAUUUCAUGAAUCUAAAUUAAGAAAACAUAAUCGUAAAGUUUAGAAAUUACAACCUUCUCUUCCUAAUUAUGAACCAAAUUACUAAGCUAUUCUACCAAAAUCAAUAUCAAUUCUUAUAAAACCUAGUGAGAAACCUUCUUAUUCUCAAUAAAUCUAAGAAUUUAUAAGAAAAAAUCAGUUAGAUAAGGAAUCACCUAAAUAGCCUUUGACAAUUUCUAAGAAGGAUAAUACUCUUGAGAAAAUGUAUAGUAUAAUAUAGAAUCAAAUUACAAGGGAAGUAAAUUAAUCCCUUAUAUCGAAUCCUCAAUCAAUGAAUCCAUUAGAAGAAUUUAGUGCAAAACCUAUUGAAGAUACUUAUAUUUAAUAAUUUCAUUUAUAAGUAAAAUAAAAAAUGAAGGAAACAAAUAGGGCUAGAAAAAAUAUUUAAAAUAAAAUAUAAGAAUUUGAUUCUUAUUUAUAGAAACAUAAUUGA